GUACCACUUUAGUUGCUGAUUGGAAGCUAUGCUGUGCGUACCGUAACGCUUGCAUUUUAUUCGCUCUGCACUUCCACCUUGCGCUUAUUAUUAUUAUUAAUAAUAAUUGUUAUUAUUAUUAUUAUUAUAAAACUCAUGCCGCCUUCUUCUAAAAACAAAAUUUGCUUACAUUUAACGCCAAUGCCAUCAUUAAUUUCUAUGAUGGUGAUAAAUUUUUCCCUUUCACAGUGAUUCAUAAACCCGCCAAGGAAACUAACUGGAUUAUUGUUUUGUAAUUUUUCCAAUUCCCUGUUGGAUCUUAUUUGUAUCUCUUCAUUUUCAAUGUUUCGUCCAAGGAGAAACACACUUUGUCAUUCGCCUAUAACAUCUUGUCCAGGACAGUAUCUUAAUUACAACCUUACAACGUUAAUUGUAUAACAAACACCUCAUUGCAUAUCAUUAACCAGACAUACAUACAAAUAUCUGAUAUCUCAUUUUCACCGUGUUGUGAUUAUUGAUAUUUCCCAAACACACACAUAUAUAUAUAUAUAUAUAUUCACCAUUCAGUCAAAAAAAUCCUCUUUGACAUAAAUUGUAUGUAAUAAAUAUAUAAUAUACACAUACAUUAUCACCAGCCAUCAAAUCACCAUACAUAUAUAACAUAUAUAUAUAUAUAUAUACAUACAUAGUUGUAUGUGUAUUUAUAUUAUACAAUAAUAUUAUUUAUAUUAUUAUAUGAUAUCAAGCUGACCAUUUGAUAUCGUCUGUUAUUCCAGUUGUUAUUUCUUAUUUUGCGAUAUUAUAAAACAAACGGAUUUUCAAUGAAGCCCAUCACGUUCUUGGAGAAAAUUGAAGAAAAAACUAACAAACUAACCACAACAACACCUGCAACAAUAACGAAAACAAACAAUCACAAUAACAACAACAACAACAAUAAUCACAAUAUUAACAGCAAACAUAUAAUAAUGAAGGAAGAACUACCACGGAAUCGGGUUCGAGUGCCAAGCGGGUGCCCAUCGCCGAGCAGCCCCAGCGGGAUGUUGACCGGGUUGCGAAGCUUCUGUCGGCCGUCCGACCUGGAAGAUGUGGAGCUGGGGGAUCUAAUUGAGAUCGAUCGCACAAUCUACACGCACUGGGGCCUAUAUGUGGGAGACGGCGAGAUUGUGCACGUGUCGGGACCGAAAUCGGAAAUUUCUUCAUCGGAAUCGUUCGUCCGGCGCAGUUACUUACAGGAGGUGGCCGGUGAUUGUUUGGUUCGGAUUAACAACAAAGAGGUGCCGGCCAAAGAGCGCGGCCUGGAACCGUUACCUUUAGAAGAAAUACUCUCCAAGAGUUUGAUCUCUGUCGGACAGUCUGUACCCUAUAAUUUCUUAACCAGAAAUGUUGAACACUAUGUAACAGAAUGGCGAUACGGUGUUGGCUGGAGUGACCAGGCCAACAUAGCGCUACAGACGAUGUCCAUGUUUGGUAACACCCUCAAGGACCCCCAUGCUGCACAUCACGUCCUUGUAAUGCACAUCAACUCAAUCUUAAACGCCGGUCACAUUCUCUCCACGAGGACGGACAAUACACACAGCACACAUCAUUAGAAGAACUACUACGACUACUACCACAACCACAACUACUACUACUACUACUACUACUACUACUACUACUACUACUACUACUACUGUUACUACUGUGUCUGCUACAGCUAUGUCUUCUACUACUACCACCACUACUAUUACAACUACCAAUUUUAGUACCAUAACUACUACUACAACUACUACUGCUGCUGUUGCUGCUGCCAUUACUGCUACAGUAUGGCCACGAGGAGGAGGGAAACAGACUCAUGUUGAUUAAUGUAUGUAUAUAUGUGUGUGCACACAGGUGUGUGUGUCUUUGCAGGUGCUUGUGCACAUGCAUAUUAAUGCAGGUGCACCUGCUGCCUGCAUGCAAAUAUAUUAUAGAUAUACCAUUCGUUUGGUAUACGUGUACAUACAGAUAAUUAUGUGUGUGUGUGUGUGUGUGUGUGGUAUGCACGUAUGUGCAUUAUGCAUGUUAGCAGCGUAAUGUGUGUGCGUGUGGGUAUGUUAAGAAAAAAAAAAUGACAAUGGGUGUAUAUAUAUUAUGUGUGUCUGUGUGUGUUUUGGGCAUGUGAUCUCAUCAAAUGUGUGCGUGUCAAUCUGUGCAUUGGCAUAAAUGUCGAUCUCUUACUGCGAGAGUGCACGUCCAUGGGUGCAUGGAUGCGUGCGAGUGUGUGUGUGUGUGUGUGUGUUGGCGCCAAUCUAUCCUGGGAGAAACGAAAUGCACUUGGUGGGUGUUCGUUCAUGAGAAAGCGUAUCCUUACUUUUGUAUGAUGCAUCUAAAACAACAACAACAACAACAAUAUUAUUAUUAUUAUUAAGGUGGUGAGCUGGCAGAAUCGUUAGCACGCUGGACGAAAUGCUUAGCGGUAUUUCACCCAUCGCUACAUUCUGAGUUCAAAUUCCGCCGAGGUUGACUUUGCCUUUCAUCAUUUCGGGGCUCGAUAAAAAUAAGUACCAGUGAAAUACUGGGGUCGAUAUAAUCGACUAGUCCCCACCCCACAAAUUUGAGGCCUUGUGUCUCCAUCAUUAUUAUUAUUGUUAGUUUAAUUGUUAACUUCUACUACUACUACUACUACUACUACUACUGUUACCCUUGUCAUUACUGUUACCCUGCCAUCAUCACCAUCACCAUCAUCAUCAUUGAAUUAGAGUCCUUGUAUCUUCACCAUAAUUCUUCUUUGAAUGACAUUCUCUCUCUCUCUUUCUUUCUCCCUCUCUCUCUCUCUCUCUCUCAUGAUAACUUUUAUGUUUUUUUCUCCUCCCCAGUGAUAUGCAUUUGUUCAAUUCCGUUUGCUGUCCAAAUCAAACCACACCACCAUAUGUGUCCACUUACUGUUGCUGCAGCCGCACUCAACUCACCGUCCCGUAUAUCACACACCACUGUCCACUCACGUGUCCAUUGUGUCCACACACACACACUCGCUGUCCAGCAUCACAUUCCACUAUCCACUCACACGUGUCCAGUGUCACACUCCACUGUCCAAACCACCCUCACUGUCCAGUAUCGCACCUCACUGUCCAGUGUGGCACCACUCUGUCCAGUCACAUUUGCCUCACGAAGAAUUCAAGAUAAAAUCUAUCAGCAGGUUAAUUGACGAACUUAAACCCCCCUCCUCUCUCUCUCUCUCUCUCUCUCUCUCUCUUUUCU